AUGUUCAAUAUAUUGAAUGCUUAUGAUUUACUCACAGUAAAUUACCCACUCUUCCAGUUAAAGGGAAAUAUUGACCCUUACUGUCAAUGUCAAUCAGUUUUAGUCUCUGUUCACAAUGAUCAUAAAAGAGAUUGGGAAAUGAAAUGGACUGUAUGCGAAUCAAUGUUCAAAGUAUUUGUCCCAUUAUCCAUAGGAUGUAAUACCUUGCAACUAAGGUGUGAACACCACCUCGCUGAGUUUCGAAUAGUGUAUGUGCAUAAUCGUGACUCUCCAUAUGUUGUCAGGCCUAUUUAUGUAAUAUGUUCUGAUGAUACUGGGUGGUUCCAAGCUCCUGAAGGAAUUGUUCCCACGAAAGAAAGUGCUUGUAAACGUAUUGGGCUGGGAAUUAGAUUGUUGCAAACUUUGACUGCAGAAGCUUUUCUGUCUGAACUUGGAAUGAGAUGCACUUUUUUAAUUAAGGAAGAACUCAAUCGUAAAUCAUCGCGAAAUAUUUCAGACUGGUCUUCCGAAGCCUGUUGUAAUUGUCACUACUCAAGUCUCAGUAAAACGUUUGUUAAUGGCAAUACUCCCGAAGAUGUGUGGAAGAAGUUGGCAUACGAGCUCUACGAAAAAUAUCCUCACAACUUUGAGAACACAAAAUGGGUUGCUUUUAUGGCUUGUACACGCUAUCACCCUCCCAAGAAAAUUAAUUCCGAAUUCCUGAGUUACAAUGAAAUACUUCUUCGGACAACAGCUCAUUUCGCUCUCGGAACAGGGGGUUUAGCCUUACUUGGAACGGGGACUUUACAUGCGUGGCCAGAAACGCUUAAAGAUUUGCAGGUAGUUUUGGGUAAUACAAGAAUUGUUGAUCCAACAUUGAUGGAUGACACUGCUUAUCGACACACUUACUGGGCGGCUUUUGCUACAGGAUUAGGUGCUGUUUGGCAUGAAUUAGGCCAUUGUUUCGGACUGGAACACUAUCCCCAGGGUAUAAUGUUUCGUGGUGAUGAUAUUAAUUUAUGCCUUGGAUUCCCACCUCCUGAUUCUAUUUGUCCACAUGAAUCCAAUAUGAAUGGUCAAUCUGUCCAAGCUACAGAUCGAUACGAUAGUUCGAAUCCUGAUAAUAGACACAGAAGAGACCUUUGUCAAAUUCAACCCCCUAAGUCAAUGUCCCGUGCUAUACAGUUUCAUCGCAUAGUGCAAUUUCAUCCAAUAAAGUCUCCUUUACAUCCCUCAGAUCAAACCAUAAAUAAAGAAAUGAAGUUUAAGCGAUGGGGAUUUUGUAAGUCUUUAUGGCAUCAAGGUUCUGCUUUUUGGGGAACAAAUGCGCUUUCAAAGUUACUUUCAUGUCCAUGGAUCAUCGAAACACCAACUCUAGAUAAAGACAAACUACCUGUUCAGAAAUGA